AAACCCUAACGCGCCUCGGCCACGCACGACGAGCUCUCUCCCCUCUUCUCGAUCUAGGGUUUCGCGUGGUUCCGCUCUCCUACAGCUAUGGCGGAUGUGGAAGUGGACGCGGCCGCGGGGCAGCCGAAGAAGAGGACGUUUAGGAAGUUCAGCUUCCGGGGCGUCGACCUCGACGCGCUCCUCGACAUGUCCACCGACGAGCUCGUCAAGCUCUUCCAUGCUCGUGCUCGGAGAAGGUUCCAGAGGGGUUUGAAGCGGAAGCCGAUGGCCCUGAUCAAGAAGUUGCGCAAGGCGAAAAAGGAGGCCCCUGCUGGCGAAAAGCCCGAGCCCGUCAGGACCCACCUCCGCAACAUGAUCAUAGUGCCAGAGAUGAUAGGGAGCAUUAUCGGUGUCUACAAUGGGAAGACCUUCAACCAGGUUGAGAUCAAGCCCGAAAUGAUUGGCCAUUACCUUGCGGAGUUCUCCAUCUCUUACAAGCCUGUCAAGCACGGGAGGCCCGGUAUUGGUGCCACCCACUCUUCGAGGUUCAUUCCUCUUAAGUGAGGUCGUAUGUUGUUAUUUUCCUUUAUGACCCCUUUUCCUAAUAGUUCUGAUUGCUUAAUGUUUUGGUGCUCUAGUUGUUUGAAACUUCUCUUUUGAAGUUAUGGAAUUUUGACUGCUGAUGCAUACUCUGUGCUGGAUUUUACUGCAGUUAGUAUUUAAAUUAUUGUAUUUUUCCUUCUCGACUGUUCGGUUAAUUGUGAAUUGUCCUAUUGGUUAGAAUUCUAAGUCCUAAUUUGUUUCUUGUCA